UGGCGUCCCCUUCGGUCCCUGCAGUCAAUUGGUUCUCUGCGGUGUAGUCAGAAUACUCUGCCUUGGCAGUUUGGAGUGUCUCGGCAGCUUCUUGGUAGGAGCCUGCAGAUGGCACGUCUAGUCUCCUCCUCAGCCAGUCCAGACUGAACUGAGCCACUUCCUUUGUAUAUGCUCCCUCCACCAGGAGCAUGUCCAGCAAGAGAAAGGGGGCGUGGCUUCUUGGGCCCACAACAGUUUGUUAAUCUCUGAGUUGCCAGUGAGGGAUCGAUACACGCAGUCACAAGGUUUUCUGCACCUGGAUGAAUUUCUUCCAGCUUGAAUUUAGCUUUUCCAUAAAGGAAAGGAAUUUACACUACUCACUUGAUCGUCGCUUUAAUGAUGAGAUUGACAAACUGACUGGAUACAAGACAAAGUCAUUGUUGUGCAUGCCCAUAAGAAACAACGAUGGAGAGAUUAUUGGUGUUGCCCAAGCAAUAAAUAAAACUCCUGGAGGUGCUCCUUUUACUGAUGACGAUGAAAAAGUGAUGCAGAUGUACCUCCCAUUUUGUGGAAUUGCCAUAUCUAACGCCCAGCUAUUUGCUGCUUCAAGGAAGGAAUAUGACAGAAGCAGAGCUUUGUUGGAGGUAGUUAAUGACCUCUUUGAGGAACAGACAGACUUAGAGAAAAUUGUUAAGAAAAUCAUGCAUCGAGCCCAGACUCUGUUGAAGUGUGAACGAUGCUCAGUGUUACUCCUGGAAGACAUUGAAUCACCAGUGGUGAAGUUUACAAAAUCCUUUGAGUUGCUGUCUCCAAAAUGCAGUGCUGAUGCUGAGAACAGUUUCAAAGACAGUAUGGAGAAAUCAUCAUCUUAUUCUGACUGGCUAAUAAAUAAUAGCAUUGCUGAGCUAGUAGCUUCCACGGGUCUUCCAGUGAACAUCAGUGAUGCAUAUCAGGAUCCUCGCUUUGACGCUGAAGCUGACCAGUUUUCUGGCUUUCAUAUAAGGUCUGUUCUUUGUGUUCCUAUAUGGAAUAGCAACCACCAAAUAAUUGGAGUAGCUCAAGUGUUGAACAGGCUUGAUGGGAAACCUUUUGAUGAUGCUGAUCAGCGAUUAUUUGAGGCUUUUGUUAUUUUUUGUGGCCUGGGCAUCAACAACACAAUAAUGUAUGACCAAGUGAAGAAAUCUUGGGCAAAGCAAUCUGUGGCUCUUGACGUGCUGUCCUACCAUGCAACAUGUUCAAAGGCAGAAGUUGACAAAUUUAAGGGAGCGAACAUACCACUGGUGUCAGAGCUUGGCAUUGACGAUAUCCAUUUUGAUGACUUUUCACUCGAUGUGGAUGCCAUGAUUACUGCAGCUCUCCGGAUGUUCAUGGAGCUUGGAAUGGUUCAGAAAUUUAAAAUUGACUAUGAGACAUUGUGUAGGUGGCUUUUGACAGUUAGGAAGAAUUAUCGAAUGGUUCUGUAUCACAACUGGAGGCAUGCUUUCAAUGUGUGCCAGCUAAUGUUUGCAAUGUUAACUACGGCAGGAUUUCAGGAGAUUCUGACUGAAAUUGAAAUUUUAGCUUUGAUUGUGGGAUGUUUAUGUCAUGACCUUGACCACAGGGGAACCAACAAUGCCUUCCAAGCCAAGAGUGGAUCAGCUUUGGCUCAACUUUAUGGAACUUCUGCAACUUUGGAGCACCAUCAUUUUAAUCAUGCUGUCAUGAUUCUUCAAAGCGAGGGUCACAACAUCUUUGCUAACUUGUCCUCCAAGGAGUACAGUGACCUUAUGCAGCUUCUGAAGCAGUCAAUAUUGGCAACAGAUCUCACUCUGUAUUUUGAGAGAAGGACUGAGUUUUUUGAACUUGUUAGUAAAAGCAAUUACAAUUGGAAUGUCAAAAGCCAUCGAGAAAUAUUUCGAUCAAUGCUAAUGACAGCCUGUGACCUCGGAGCUGUGACCAAACCGUGGGAGAUUUCAAGACAGGCAGCUGAAUUGGUAACCAGUGAGUUCUUUGAACAAGGAGACAGAGAGAGGUCUGAACUCAAACUCACUCCUUCAGCUAUUUUUGAUCGGAACAGGAAAGAUGAACUACCCAGGUUGCAGUUGGAAUGGAUUGAUAGCAUCUGCAUGCCUCUGUAUCAGUCUCUAGUGAAGGUGAAUGUGAAACUGAAGCCCAUGUUGGACUCAGUGGCAGUAAACAGGGGUAAAUGGGAGGAGCUGCACCAGAAAACACUUCUCUCCCAAACAGUACCCUCCUCCUCGUCUUCCAGCUUUACUUUGUCUCUUGAAGACAUACAUUAAGCCUGCGAAUGUCAGCUGCUGUUAUGACGACAGAUGUCUGAAAGGCAGAGUUGUAAGCUUAGUCACAUCAUUUUUAAAAAAUGCUUCCACAGACAUGAUUAAUUGAUUGGAUAUAAUUUUGCUGGGCAUGGCUUUUACGUAGGAGUUCGGUUGGUCUGAAAAGAAGGCCUGUAAUAAGAUGAUGCUGAUGUCUGGAGUCACAUGGAAGAUACAGCACAAGAAGCUCCACCAUAUUUCAACUGCUGCUGUAAUAAAAACCAAAACACACACACAGACCAGACUACAGACUGAAAUACAAGAACUUACAGCUUAAUAAAACUAAUAAUACAGAGCAGAUUUGGAAUGCACAUUUAUCAAUGCAUAUGCAAGGAGCUGCAGGAAAACAGAAUAGUGUGUAAUUACUUUGUUGUUUUGCAUAUUUUCAGUAUUUGUUAUGAACCAAUUAUGCCUGCUUUUGUAAUGUUUCUCUCAUUCUUCCUUCCUCUUUUAUGCUUGAGUGUUCUGAAAAGCCUGCUUUGUAUUCUACAGAAGUAUUUUUUUACAACAAAGCUUCUUAGUGAUUGAUCAGGGCCUUUAGAAUUGCCUGUCUUCGCUACAUUUAAAAACAAACUUUAUUAUCUUUAAAAAUACCAACCUGUCCCAGAUCCCCUAAGAUAUUCAUAUUA